UGCACAACUCUAUAUAAGUAUUCUGAAGAAAGCAACAGAUUAGCCUUCACCCAACACGAGUUCCUCCCUUGUGUCCAGAAGCACCUCGAUCCCAAGGUAGCAGCUAGGAACGAAGAGUAUAGUGUAGUGGUGCAGCAAUGGCGCAGCCGCAGCCGAGAAGAGGCGAAGAUGAGGGGCUGCAGCAGCAGGGGCAGGGCAAGGCCCCGGCGGUGGCGCAGCAGGAGCCCAUCAAGUACGGCGACGCGUUCGCCGUGAAGGGCGAGCUGGCGGCGCAGCCCAUAGCGCCGCGCGACGCCGCCGCCAUGCGCUCCGCCGAGGACAGCGUGCCGGGCGUCCAGGUCCCGCAGGAGAGCGGCGGCGGGUUCAGCGCCGGGGCCUUCAUGGAGUCCGCGGCCCAGUACAACGAGGCCGUCGGCGCCGUGCGCCCCGGCCAGGCCAGCGACGCCGCCGCCAAGCACGGCAUCAACGUCACCCAGGACGCCGUGCCCGGCGGCCGCAUCGUCACCGAGUUCGUCGCGGGCCAGGUGGUAGGGCAGUAUGCCGUCGCCGAAGUGGCGCCGGCGCAGCAGGACUCGGCGGGUGCCAAGGCCGCCGGGACCGGGGGUGGUGCAGGCCAGGGCGACGCGGGCGCAACAGGAGCGCCCGGCGCGCCGGCUGGUGCCGCGGCAGCGAGGCGCGGCUGAGAUAAAUGACAUGGGCCAGGGCCAUGUUUUAAUGUUAUCAUGUUACUUUACUACUGUGUACUCCUGUAAUUGUCGUGUUACUGUGGGUGUAUGAACAACUCACGCGAAUAGGCAGCCACAACCACACAUCAAAGUUUGGCGAAUGUAUGGAACUGUUUGUGUACGGAAAUAACAAAGAUGCAUGCAUCAGCAAGGGAAUGGCGUGAUAUUAUAUAUACAGAUGGCGAACGAA